CUGUUGAAAUGUAACCUAGAAUAUACUUGCUUGUUCAUGACAUGAUGAUAUCCUGUUCAACAGCUACAACAUAGGACUGGAGGGCAAGAAGGACCUGGAAGUUUCUGCAUAACUAGUUAACAGGGUAGAAGCUAACAUCAUCAAGAAUUGGCCCUCAAAUUUGCACAGUACUAAUUACUUAAUGAUUAGUCACCUAAUUUGUUAUUGUUGUUUGUAGUUGAUUUUAGUACAGAAGAAAUAAAAUGGCUGAAAUAGAUGUCCAUGAGGAAAAGGUGGUAACAGAAAAAUAUCCAUGUUUUGUAAAAGUUUCUGAUGAAGAAAAUGGUGAAAACUGCAUUGAAUUACCAACAGAAAGUUGUGGGACCAUUCUUCUAUCAACAAUUCAAGCACAAUUUCCAAAUGCUAUCGGUUUAAAGUAUAAAAGUUCCACUGGUGCAUGGAGAGGAAUUCGUUUAUCAGAUAAUAUUUUAGAUCCUCCUUUCGAAGGUUGGGGCGACACAACAUAUCACAUCACAUUGCCAAAAACAGACUCUGUUAAAAGGAAAAUGGAGGAGUCGCCAAACCGUGAACCUGAAGCUAAGUUGGUAAAGACUGGUUCAGACAGUGAUUUUCUGUCAGAUUUGAUUGUUUUGGGUUUACCAUACAAAGCAACAGAGCAUGACAUGAAAGAAUACUUUCAACAGUUUGGUGAAUUAGCAAUGCAUGAGGUAAAAUACGAUCCAGUUACUAAAGAAUCACGUGGUUUUGGAUUUAUUCGAUUUAAAGCAGCUGCUGCAGCACAGAAGGCAUUGAAAUCAAACCAUGCUAUUCUAGGUAGAAGAUGCGAAGUUCGAAUGCCAAAAAAGAAAGAUGAAAUGCCACUGAAACUUUUCAUUGGUAGACUUCCUGAUGGUACAUGUUCAGAUGAUCUUCACAAAUAUUUUGGGGAUUAUGGAGAAUUAUCUGAUGUUUAUAUUCCAAGCCCUUUUCGUGGCUUUGGUUUUGUUACGUUUGCAUCUUCAGAGAUCGCUCGACAAGUCUUGCACAUGACUCACAGUUUUCAGGGUAGUCGUAUUAAUGUAACCUAUGCUGAACCUAAGGGAGAGUCUAAAUCUCGUAGCAGCAAUAAUAGUGCCAGUUCUCACCACUCCAGCGGUGGAGGAAGUAGUAGCAGUGUAAGACACACUUCGCGUUCACAAGAUCCCCCUUUUGACUUCGAAGAUAUGCGCCAGGUUAUGUAUAACAAUUCACGAACAGUCCAAACAAGUUAUGCGCAAGCUUACAAUCCCUACGUGGCAUCAAGUAAAUCUCCGCGAGGAACAGAUUCGAGGAAUAUCGAAUACGCUUACAGCUAUCCACAGAUUUUGCAGUCGCCGAUCUCUAGUAGCGUGUCGUACUCUCCUGGUGAUACAAGAGCUGUCCCACAAGCUUUUUGGAGUAAUAACAAAUGAAAGGGACAGUUAAAUGUGACGCUGGUGUUGUGAGAUGAGAAUCAAAACAUGUCGGAGAAUGUUGAGAUGAGCGAGAAUAAUUUUGUAAAUAGUAGAGACAAAUAAAAUUAACGUUGUAUUUAAUGCAGCUUAUUAUUUUCAAGUGUAUAUAUGUUUCGAGUGGUGAAAAGACGUGUCUGAAUGCCGUGGAGUGUUUUUUUAUAGUUCUUAGACAUUACUAGUUGUCAUUUUGUUUUGUGUCAUUUACCGUUUCGUAAUGACACAUGUCAGUUUACUGUACAAAGAAUUAUAUGUGUCCUGUGACCAAUGUAUUAAUUGUUCUUUUUUCUUAGGUAAUAUACGGUUAGUUUUGUUUGCUAUUUUCCAGUUCAAGAGUUUCUGUGCUAUAUUAUUAUGUAUUUCACAAAAUUGACUUUCUUUUUCUCAUUAUUGACUUUAUAGUUUGGCGAAAUUCUUUGAUCAUGAUUCCAUACAAGAGCGGAUCCACCAUGGCGUUUAAACCGAUCGUGUAGGUGGAAAGCGCAGUUAACGUUACAGGUAUUAAAUCUGUUCUUCCAAUAACCUCUAGUAGCGACAUAUACACGACAGGUAACCAUGUGAACAUAUACGUUAGCACGACUAAAGCGAACGCCAACGACGCUUUUAGUUCUGUCAGCAUUUGCUUUGCUUUAUUGUUGAAACUAACCCAAGAUCUAGUUGACGUUCUUAACGUGCUAGAUCGACGCUUCUGGUAGUAGUUUUGUUUUUUUCUCGCUUCAGAUAGAACGCUGUCAUGUCUCGUUAGUAUCUUCUUUGGCAGUAUGCUAGAACCUUCGAAAGAUAUGCUACUUUGUAAUGGAUAUUUUUUGACGACGUAUUCGUUUUUACGAAUUGACGAAGUUGUCAUCACAAGGAUUGUGUCGUUCGUCUUCGAAGAUACGAGAGAAGGUUUUCUUUUGUUGUUGAUGUUCCGAUUACACCCCUCCAAGUAACCUAAGCUUCUUUGUCGGGAAAUUUUUCGUUUAUUAUCUCUUAAAAAGUCGCCAGGGGCUGAUUCGUGCUCAUAAAUGUCAACUAAAUCUGAUAUUGGAUAAAUGAUUGGAUUGGAGGUAUCUCCAUUCUUGCACAUUUCACCAUUUUUAUUUGCAUGGUUACAACCGUUAAACUUGUGUGUGACACCAUUUUGACUCCGACUUACCGAUUUUAAUCCGUUUCUAUUUUCGUCAUUCAAUUUUUUCGGAAUAAUCGGGGAGUCUUUAUCCGAUAAUGACAAUUCGUCGUCGAACUUGUCGUCGUCGUCGUUAUCGCUGUUGCUAUCAUCGUCGUCGUCUCGAAGUUUUGAUUUGUGUAAGCAGCACAAAAACUUCGCUUCCUCCCAUAGCUCUGAACCACUGUUGUUCUCCGAUGUGACGAUGAGCUUACUAUGUUUCUUGAAAAAUUUAUGCGUAGUGUGGCACACUUUGGCGUAAACGCCCAAUAUAAAUACAAGAGGCGUUAUUAAGAACAAUGCCAAAGUAAAAGUGACGUAAACCUUAUGAAUCACUGUGUCCACUCUUACCUCCCAUGCGAAUGGAAGAACACAGUAGAUCAGAGGUUCAAUGUAACAAAAUAUAAUGAUUCGUACUGCGCGUUUUUUGGUUAUGAUUUGAUGAUAUCGCAGCGGCCUGCUAAUAGCUAUGUAGCGUUCAAAGGUGACAGCGGUGAGAUUGUUGAUAUAUGUAAGUAUGACAAUCAAUGUUAGAAAUUUAUCUGCUAGACUGUUGGGUAUCAUACUGUGUGUUGGCAAAAGCACGCCUGCACAUAGUACAUUAGUUGUGCACAAACCAAAUAUAAACACGUUCGUGGCUGUACGUAGCCUUCUGUAGUUUAAUAUCAUAAAACAAACAAAUAUGUUCUCUAUAAGUGCGAUUGAACAUAGUGCUAACAAUAUAUAUGGUGAUACGUGCUUCGUCCCUGGCGAAUCGGUGUUGCUCGAGUUGUUUGGCAUACCUGGAAAUAGAAUACAAGAACAAAUGAAUGAAUAAAUAAAUAAAUAAAUAAAUGAAUGAAUAAAUGUGUAGAUGGAUCGAUGGAUAAAUGAAUUAAUUGAUGAACAAAUCCGGAAUGGACUUAUAAGUGAAUCAAUAAGUUAUUGAGUGGGUGAGUGAAGGAGUAAAUAAAAAGGAUGGAUAAAAAUAAAUAAGAUGACAUUGAAUGUUAACGCUAAAAACCAGACUUACCUAAACGGCUGUUUUACGAUUAAUUUGAAAUUUAUUAAAAGAACUAUUUUACUUAAAUGAUUGAGAUUUUUUUGUUGUAUUUUAUUUAUUUGUUAUAUUAACAUCUACAGUUUCUUCUGUCUUAACUAACGCUUGCAUAUAGAAAUAUAAUUGGAAAAAAUUAUUUUCACAUUUGCUCUCACAAGGACCAUCAAGAGUUCUAUGAAUCUCCCUCUUUUCUUCACCUGUCAGAAAUAUAAAAUUGAUUUAUUGUUUCCUCAUCUAACUUGUUUUUUUUUUGAAGAAAUUCUUUUUCGUUAUAGAAACCACUUUAUAUAAAAAGAGAUCUUGUUCUUUUCUUCUAAAACUGCGUUAUCACGUGACUCAUACAGUUCCAUCAGAAAAAAAGCAAGAAUUUUUUUUCUUUAUUUUUUUCUUCCUUUUUUCAAAGAAACUUUUUUCAAUUAUUAAAUUAUAAAAAAAAACUUGAUAAAAAGAAAAAUAGCUUAGCAAGGUAAUUGUAUAGUGUUUUAUGUUACUUCUCUUUUGUUCACUUGAAAAUUCAAAGGGUGUUUUUAUUUCGACUUAAAAAAAGCAUCUUUCCCGUUCUUUUCUGUCUUUAAUGAAGAACUGAUUUUUUGCUCCUGUUUGUUUUUUCUUCGCUGCUGAAAUGGGAGGUAUUGGGGAGUAAAAUUUGAAAGAAUCUACGAUGGAGAGCUUGGGCAACUUAAUGGAAACAUGCCGUGAGGGAGGCAGUGAAGUUCCUUUUAUUUGUGAAAAGUUAUUUUGGGAAAAGAUUCUCUGACGUUUGGAGAAAAACAACAUCUUCUGAUUUUGGUGCUUUGUGGUACUUAUCGUCUGCCGUUAAUCAAAGAAGAAUUAUUUUGUUCUUUCAUUAGACGUGAAUCCUGGUUGUUCACACUUAAUUUAGAUCUCAGCAGAAAAAAAAGCUUUAAAAAGGAAACAGUCAUUAUUUUUUAGUCAUAAGGUGGAAAAUAAAAGAUUUUUUUUUUCUUGUGACAAAAUGUUUGUUGGAAAAUAUAUUUUCAUGUUGUUUUUUGUAUUAAUGGCUGCUUCGGUGUUGUGUCACUUUCGAAUUGGAAAAAGAGGGAAAAUCAAGAAUAUAGACAGACAUCCUGUUUUCGACGUAGAAUUUUCACUGUUGGAGAAUGAAUUGGGCGAGGCUGCUGCCGUUAUGUGCGAGGAAUUGUUACAGCCUAAUAAAUUAAUCGAGCGCAAAUCACACGGCAACCGAAAGAGACGAUUACUGUUGGUAUAUUGUAAAAGAAAAAUGCGUACAAGACCUCUUCAAAUAUAUGAAGAAUAGAAACAAACUUAUUAUUUUAGAUGUAGUUUUAAUUUCAGCUAAAAAAGACACUGGA